AUGGCAGCGGAGCGGAGCGGAGCGGAGCCUGUCACCUCCCUCCCUACCCCCGUCUAGGCGUCUACACGGAUGUGCCCGCAGGUAGACUUGACCUCAAUGUCUUCCAGCUUCCCCCAUCCACCUCCACCUCGUCCCCGAGACGGACGCAGUGAGGUGAUGGCCGAGGUACAUGUAACUUUCCCCCUCAGGCUUCACACACUCACUCUGCCGCCGCCGCUCGUCUCGACAUCCAGACUUCCAGGCAGCUUCUAGCUCAAACUUUGGCGGAAACGCUGGCUGGACCUGGACUACUGCACCGUGGUCCGUAGGCGUAAUUACAUAUUCAAACUGAGGCUCACUGCACGUCGCAGGUGUGACGCACGUCCACACACAGGCACCACCACCACAUGCAACACACACAUCCUUGCACUCUCUGCACACUUCUCGACUGCGCGACGCCGACACACCCAUCCCUACCUGACCUGACUAUACCAUAGCACCGCACAGUGCCGCCCUCCAUCGCAUCGACCCGCACAGUGCACACCCUCCGCCGGUGCCCUUCGCCGGUGCCCUCUGCCCUCUGCCCUCCGCUCUCCGCUCUCCGCCCUCCGCCCUCCCUCCGCCUCUCCGAUCCAGCUGUGCUCAUUCUCGAGCCCUCCGAGUCCUACGACCGACAGGCAUUCACUACCUACCUACCUACCUACCUACCACAAUUACCACGACCGCCAUCACCAUCACCAUACCUCCCCUCCCACACCGGGCACACAUUCUUUCCAUGCAUGCAUCUGCCGGCGCCGCGCUGGGAUCGAAGUUGGAAAUCGUGCUUGGAUGGGAGAUAGAGACCCCACGCCCGUCGCUGCCUCCCGUACGGGCAGAAAAAGGAGCGCAACCAACGAGGCCGAGUACGUGACCGAGGAGCUGGGCCGCUCGACAAUGGCGCGUGUUUCGUUUGACGACUUUCAGACGCGCGUUGCUGCCAGCGAGACUGGCAGCAAUAACAGCAGCGCCACCAAUGAGCAUGAUAGUCCCGCCACUCAGGAUGAUUACUUCUCGGCCCCAGGCACUGACGAUGGCUUCAAUGACGAUAUCGUAUCUCAAGGAAGCAUUAGUUCGCGGCGCGCUGUUGACCUGCACAUUCAAAUUCCUCCCGCCCAGCUGCACUCGCACAUGGCUUUCACCGCAUUGCAAUAUCUGCCCAUGCCCGUCCUGGUGCUUUCGAGUGCGAAGACCGUAGUGCUGGCAAACGAGGCCAUGGGACAUUUGCUGGGCAUCACUCUCGAUCUUCCACCACCCGAUAACGUCGAUCUGCCCAUGGACCACUUGCAGCGGGUGGUCAGCCGUGAGGCCAGCAGCUCUACCGAUGUCCUAUAUGGCGUGACUCCGGGCGACUUGGGGCUGGAUAUCUUGCAGAAUGGCGCGCCCAUGUUUGUAUCAUGGGAUAGUUUUCUCAACUCUGUACUUGACGAUGCUUCACACGCCCAGAGCAGCACAACCCAGCUGAACACAUAUCGCGAAAAGCGAGGUGAUGUAGACAACACUCCCACUGGACGAGGCACACAUCAUAGAAGGUCCACUUCGGAGGCCACCCCGCCGAUUGCAGUUUCGGGAGUUCGUACUGAGGUCCAUGAUGCGGUAGUGCAAGUGGUCUUCUCCACCCGUCGAGAUCCCCGAACGGGUUUGCCAUUGCCCGUGUCCGCAAAUACCGCCGAUGAUGAGCACAUUCAUUCGGAAAUGAUCAUUUCUAUCUGGGCGACGGAGGACGAACAGUACUUCACUCUCACCUUUACCGCGGCAGCGGCAGCUCCGGCAGGCACUUCGGGAUCUGGUGGCACCCCGUCCGAACCGACCAAGACCACCAGUCGAACCGUCUCUCGCGCUGCCACGAGUUAUUCCAACAGUGUGCAUUCCGGCUCCGGCGUAGACUCGGGUCCCAGCUCGAAUUCUAGCUCCCGCAAUACCGGUGUACAUAGGCAUCACCAUGCCCGAAGUAAACCGACUUCCGUCUAUGCCAGUCCUUUGAGCAUGGAGUUUCCACCGCGAGGGCCGCCCACGCAAUCCGCGCCCCACGCACCCUCCUUGUUCGCGAAAACGAAUCGGCUGAAACAAGCUUUGCUUAAUAGUAUGAGCAUGCCAGCCUAUGCCAUGUGGAAGGACGAAACAUUCGGUAUACCGAACAAAGCAGCGAUCCGGUUGAUUCUUCCCAAUGCCGAAGAUGGCGAAUUUGAUGCGCAAGAGCAGGCCAAGGAAUUUCUGCUUCGCUUCGUGCUGUACAAGGAGGACUUCUCCGAAACCAUUCCUCUGGAGAACUAUCCCAUUAUGCGUGUGAUGAAGACUCGCGCGGGGUUCCAAGGCUAUCGCGUUGGCAUGUACAGUGCCAAGGAUGGCAGCCGUAUGCUAUACGACACGAGUGGUGAGACGUUGCUCGACGACAAAGGUGAUUUUGUGGGAGGUUGUGUCAUUUUCCACGAUGUAACAGGCUACGCUCGAACGAUCAUGCAUCAGAAGGAAGAGAAUGAACGGCAGUUCGAGAAUAUCUGCAACAUGAUUCCGCAGCUGAUCUGGCGAACCACACCCGAUGGCAUGCACGACUAUUUCAAUGACCCAUGGUAUACGUAUACUGGCCUCUCCGUUGAGGAGAGCGAGGGAGAUGGCUGGCUCAAUGCCUUCGCCCCUGAGGAUCUUGCAAUUGCGGAGCCGAUAUGGGCACACUGCCUUGCAACGGGAGAUGAGUAUCGGGUUGAAUAUCGCGCGAAGAGCGCUACGGGCGACUUGCGGUGGAUGCUUGGUCGAGCAACGCCCAUGAGGGAUGCGAAUGGGCAAAUUAUCAAAUGGUUUGGUACAUGCACAGACAUCCACGAUCUUGUACUCGCGCGAGAAGAGGCCAAACAGACCCGACUGCAAUUGGAGCGUGUGAUUGAACAUGCGAAUAUUACCUUGUGGGCGGUGGACAAGGAUAUGAAACUGACCCUGUCCGAAGGUCGGGCCAUGUCGGACGACCCGGCGGACAUUGACAUACAUAAGCGAAGGAAUACAUACAUUGGGAAGCCUACCAGCUGGCUCUUCGAACGGCAGGGCAGGGAAUCGGAGCGAGAGGUAUUCGAGCGGCCGAUCAGGGCAAUUCUCGCGAGGCAAAAAUCAGAGGAGACCAUCGAGACAGUCACAGGGGGAAACGGCAGAUACUAUCGCACCAAGCUGCUCGCUCUCACUCGCCAAGAACGGGCUGGUGGUAUCGAGGGCGAAACAUAUGUGGAUGGUGUUGUGGGAGUAUCCAUGGACGUCACCGAGCUGAAAAAGGCCGCAGACGAGGUUCAGGCACGAGAUCGGGAGAAUGCGCGGCUCAUGGCGCAGAGUGUUGCUGCGAAGGAAGCCAGUAAGAUGAAGAGUCAAUUCCUCGCGAAUAUGUCACACGAAAUCAGAACGCCAAUCGCCGGUGUCAUUGGCAUGUCCGAGCUCCUCCUGGACGAGGAUGACUCUGCGUCGGGCAAGUUGACGAAAGAGCAACGCGAAUGUGCAGAGAAUAUCCAGCGAUCUGCCAAUGGUUUGCUUACUGUCAUCAAUGACAUCCUGGACUUUUCCAAGGUGGAGUCUGGACGGUUGGACAUUGAAGAAGUGCAAUUCGACCUCUCAGUGGUCAUCAGUGAUGUCAACAAGAUGUUGAGUUUUGCAGCCGAACGCAAAGGGCUGAAGUAUAUUGACGACAUUCAACAGCUCUCAAGCUGGAAGGUCAUGGGCGAUCCAGGACGUCUACGACAGGUCAUGACUAACCUGCUCACGAAUAGUAUCAAGUUUACCAGCGACGGAAGUGUGACGAUGCGCGUGAAGGCGCAACGUGAAACGAAUGACACGGUGGAGGUGCACUUUACGGUAGAAGAUACGGGCAUCGGCAUUGAGGAAGAGGUGCGGCAGAGGCUCUUCAAACCUUUUUCGCAGGCGGACAGCUCGACUGCACGACGGUUUGGUGGUACAGGCCUAGGCCUGACAAUCAGUAAGAAUCUGGUAGAGCUCAUGCGCGGUGAAAUUUUCCUCGAGUCGAAGCUUGGUGUCGGCACGAGAGCGACCUUUUGGAUCCCUUUCAACAAAGCACCCUACCAGACCUCGGCGGACUCACCUCUGGUGGACUUGGGGACGAUACCGGAUCGGCUUGCCUCGGAGCUUUCUGUGUCUCGACCUAGUAGCGAUCACAAUGGCACUAGUGGGCCCGCCACGCCGACGGGUGGACAUCGCAAAGAGUUAUCGAUGGGUGGUCUCGCUGGUCUCGGCCCAUGGGCAGAAAGCAUGGGGAUGGAUCUGGAUCUGAGCGAAGAGGAGCGCCGCAACACACAAGUUUUGGUCGUCGAGGACAACCCGGUCAAUCAGCAGAUUGCGUUGAAAACAAUCAAGAAGCUCGGGUUUCCCGUACGCGCGGUUUGGAAUGGCCAAGAAGCGCUGGAGUAUCUGUCUUCGCCUUCUCCAGAGCGACCGCGGCCUCAGGUGAUAUUAAUGGAUGUGCAGAUGCCAAUCAUGGAUGGCUAUCGGGCCACAUGGACGAUCCGCAACGACAAGGCCUUCGUUCAGAACGCUGACGUGCAGAGUGCCCCGAUCAUUGCCAUGACUGCUUCGGCGAUCCAGGGCGAUCGGGAAAAGUGCCAAGCAGCGGGCAUGGAUGACUACCUCGCGAAACCGGUCAAGAAGCCCAUGCUCGAGAAGAUGCUCAUCAAGUGGGCGAUUGAGGGCAGGAAGAAACGGGUCGAGUUGAAAAGCAACCCGAAUUUACUGAAACGUCCCGGUGUUCAGCAGAACCAUUCCUUUACCGCCAGCGAAACAUCGAGUUCCCUCGUCACACCACAGGAACAUCUGAGUAGCGAAGUGGAUCGUCUCGAAUUUGUUCAUUCUGCUCGAUUUGCUAGCAGCAGCGAGACGGAAUCCGAGCGUGCGCAUCGUCAAAUCAAAGCGGAAGAGCAGGCCAUGUCGUUGAGAGACCAUGAGUUGAUCGAAUCCGGAGAAGAUCCCAAAACGAAACUGGGAAAAGGCGUGGGUGAAGAGGCGCAACAGAUUACGAAUGCGAAUACUGGUGCGAGCGCACUGACCGAAGCGAACAUGGAACAAUUCGAUUUAAGGGAUCGGAUGGGACUGCUGAAGCGGGAGAACACAGAUGGCGACAACAGCAGUAUGAUGGCCACGCUUGCUGAUACAGAGGGACAGGCACUUCCUUCUCACUUGCACCAGAGGAGUACGGCACCCAGUCCGGAGAGGCUUCCUGGCAGCAUAGGAGGGCCUUUACCACAUCGGCGGAGUUGGCAGCCGGAAAAGAGAUGAGCGAGAUACGUGUGCAUAGAGAGGUGUUCCAGAACUCAUGCAUUCGGGAAAAUUGGGUAUCACAGCACUUACAUGGCGUUGCAUUGUACAUUUGGAUGGUAAUGUGUUAAGACGAAGUCACGAGAAAGAAAAAAGUCAUCAGAAGGGAUGAUCUGGAAUGAGUGCAGCAUGAAGCAAGGGGUGAAGACAGACCGACCUACCAACAACAAGACACGUCGUUUUUCGCGAGACGCAGUAAUGGAGCAGUAUAGACCAAGUACGUCUACAGUACCUACCAAUAGAAGCAAGCAAGCAAUUUGAU